GCCGAAGAACGGAGUUCUUCGCAGUGAGCUCAGCGAGAGAAGUAUGAACUUGCAAUACCAGUGAAAAAAAAAAAAAACAUUUGAAAAAAUAUCUAGAGUGUUUUUCUGGUUCCUCUAAUUAGCUUAUUCGAUCUCGCACUUCGCUGUAAUUCCCAGAAAAUGACCUUCAAACCUAGCUGAAUCAUUGUGAAGUUCUCUUGUUUUAAUCUCAUCAGAUUUUAGCUAUCAAUGCAAUGGUGGUCUGCAAGUGUCGAAAGGCCACUAAGUUGUAUUGCUUCGUGCACAAAGUUCCUGUUUGCGGAGAAUGUAUUUGUUUCCCGGAGCACCAAAUCUGCGUGGUUCGGACUUACUCUGAAUGGGUUAUAGAUGGCGAGUAUGAUUGGCCCCCUAAAUGUUGCCAAUGUCAAGCUGUUCUAGAAGAGGGGACAGAAUCUCAAACAACUCGGCUGGGUUGCUUGCAUGUUAUACACACAAAUUGUUUGCUCUCACAUAUCAAGAGCUUUCCUCCGCAUACUGCCCCAGCUGGAUUUGUGUGCCCCUCUUGUUCCACUGCGAUAUGGCCUCCCAAAAGCAUCAAAGAUUCUGGAUCUCGUCUUCAUUCAAAGUUGAAGGAAGCUAUUGUGCAGACUGGUUUGGAAAAGAGUCUUUUUGGAAAUCAUCCAGUGUCAUUGCCAGUCACAGAAUCUCGCAGUCCUCCUCCAGCAUUUGCUUCAGAUCCAUUGAUCAAUAAGGAAAAUAAUGAAAUAUCAGACUCAGUUGAAGGAUAUUCACCUCCAGUUGGAACAAGACCUAAACUUUCUGUGUCAGAUAUUGUGGAAAUAGACAGUCCUAAUUCAGCAGGAAAUCUCAUCAAAACAUCGAGUCCUGCUCUUCCUGGUGCUACCACUAGGAAGAGUUCUCUCCAUGCUGACCGGCAAAAUUCUGAAAUUUCAUAUUAUGCUGAUGAUGAAGACGGGGAUCAUAAAAAGUAUACAAGAAGAGGUUCCUUCCGCCAUAAGUUUCUUAGAGCAUUGCUUCCUUUCUGGUCUAGUUCAUUGCCUACUCUACCAGUUACUGCACCUCCAAGAAAGGAUGCAUCAAACGGAAACGAAGCCUCAGAAGGCCGUACACGUCAUCAAAAAUCAUCAAGGAUGGACCCAAGAAAAAUCCUUCUCAUGAUUGCAAUUAUGGCGUGCAUGGCAACCAUGGGUAUAUUGUAUUACAGACUAGUGCAACGAGGUCCUGGUGAAGAGGUUCCUGAUGAUGUGUGAUGGUUUGACGCACAGAAAGUCUAGAGAGAUGUUAAGUUUCAGUAUUGCUGGUUACCGGUGCUCUCGCUUCUUACCUUUUUGGCUCCAUUGUUCGGACCAGUUGCUGUUUCGUUAAAAAUAUAUAAGUGCAUGGAAGAUAAGUUUCAUUUGAAUGGUGAUGACAGUAAUGUGUUGCGUUAAAUUCCUUCACAGGCAUCUAUGUUCUUUGCCCUCCGUUCGUUUGGGGUGGAAUUGGAAUAUGGGGUUUACACACGUUUUCUUUAUCGGCUUGCUCUGUAAUUAUCUUGAAUCUAUGUAGUUGCACCACCGAUUUGCCCAGAUCA